UCUUUAACACUUUAACGCGUUUAAAUGGCGAUCGACUAUACUAUAUAUUUCUAAACUUGUAACAUUAUUAUAAUUUAUAUAGCUAGUGGGUACUUAUAAAAGCGAUUUUCAAGUGGAAUGAGAAUGUUGGUACAUGGUAGGCGGUGAGUAGGGGUGUAUGUUUGCCGGUUUAGAUAACGUUCGCCGCGUCUGCGUCGCGUCUGUUGUUGUAGUCUGUUCAUUGUCAUCUUAUCGUCAGCGUUUGUUUGGUUCGAAAAAACGUUGAUAUCACUGUCGAGCAUUCAGACGCACCGCAGCCAAUAAUCGCCAUUAGUCGCCGUACAAACAGAAAGGGAACAGAACCACGCAUCGGGGAAAAAGCCGAAAGAGUGUGACCGUUUCAAACGUAAGAGUGUUGUCAUUUGUAUCGAAAAACGACAACUACAACGACAAAAUGGCGGGCGGCGUCAUACUCGAAAACUUGAGUGGAAAAAAGCUGUUCGUGCUCGUAUCAUCGUUGCUCUUUUGCCAGCUCGCGUGUUUCCUGAUCGGUGGACUCGUAGCUCCGACACCGUCCGCCACCGAUAUGGUGUUAGCCACAAAGUGUUUGUACAAUGACAGCAAUCCUUGGUCGUACAUCAGGGGCGAUGGAAAAUGCUUCUCAUACCAGUCGGACAUAUACAAAGAUAGCCCUGUCGCCAACACGAUGGCCAAUGAUAUUAUAUUCACUUUUCAGAUACCUACUCCACGCAGUGGUCAGAUAUUGCAUUAUUCUCGAUGGCAACAGUAUCUCAUAGGAGUCCUCAAUUUUGACAUUGAGUAUCAUAUUGACACUAAAAUGGAUCGUAAUCUUGAGUUGACGUUGGAUACCAAACUUGGCUAUCGUAAUGUGCUCGACAAGGAUGGCGAUUGGAAAUUAUUUGCUUCUUCUGUUGAGAAGCGUAAUCUUGAUUGUGUUUCAGAAGAGAAAAUAGAUGGUCAUAAUUAUCAAUGUGGAUUAGUACCGCUUUUUGAACUCGGAUCAUUACAUUAUGAUUUUUAUUUAAUCAACAUAAAAAUACCAGUGGAUGAGGUGAAGGGAAUAAACUUUGGUUUAGGACAUCUAAAAGAUGUUUGGCUUGUGGUUAUUAAUCAAAAUGGCGGUUUUACCAGUGUAUGGCUUUACAUGAAGACAAUAUUUUUCCCGUUUAUUGUUGCAAUAAUGAUAUGGUUUUGGAACAGAGUUCAUAUGCUGGCCCGCAAACCAGUUUUGCUUGAACGCAUGUUGAUGACUAUUGGUUUUGCACUAACUCUUUUGAAUCUUCCUGUUGAAUUUUUGACAUUAAUUUAUGAUAUGCCAUACAUGUUGCUUUUGCAAGAUAUAAGACAAGGUAUAUUUUAUGCCGCAUUACUUUCAUUCUGGUUGAUUUUUGCUGGUGAACAUCUUAUGAUCCAGGAUUCUCAACAAAAAAAUCUGCAGACAUAUUGGAAACAUUUAAGUGCAGUUGCUGUUGGUUGUAUUUCACUUUUUGUAUUUGACAUAUGUGAAAGAGGAGCACAAUUAAAAAAUCCUUUUUACUCCAUAUGGGCAACCAAUACUGGCACAAAUUUAGCUUUAACGUUUAUAAUAUUAGCAGCAAUAUCUGGCGGAAUGUACUUUUUAUUCUUAUCAUACAUGAUAUGGAAAGUUUUCUGUAAUAUAAGUGUUCGAAGGUCAGCAUUGCCAUCUAUGUCAAAUGCCCGAAGGUUACAUUAUGAAGGCAGUAUUUAUAGAUUUAAAUUUUUGAUGAUAGCUACACUAUUAUGUGCUGCCUUAACUGUAAUUGGAUUCAUAUUGGGACAGGCUUCAGAAGGACAUUGGAAAUGGAACGAAACUAAUAAUCUAAACUAUGCAUCAGCGUUUUUGGUUGGAGUCUAUGGAAUGUGGAAUAUUUAUAUAUUUGCACUCAUUGUUCUUUACUCUCCUUCUCAUAAGCACUGGCCAUCAGAAAUUGAUGUGAACAACAGUUCCAGUGACACAAUUGAAUUUAGCCGUCUUCCUACUGAGCCAACAGAAAUGUCAUCUCUGGCUUCAUUCUCUAGGAAAUCUGCUUUUGACUGAAUAUCCAAAUGCCAUGACAUCUUCCUAUAUGAUAAUUUUAAGUUCAUCAUGACAUUUUAUUUUUUUCCUCAUUUAUUAUAUUUAGGUGUGUGAUAGACAAACACAGUACAAUUAAAGUUAAUUUAAAUUUAAGAUCUUAUUUACAGCAGUAUUAUUUUGUAUUUUUUUUUGUACUUUUUUACAGUAUUUUUUUUUUAGUAAGAUAAUACUCUUUUUUAUAACUACUUAUUUUUAGUACUGCAUAUUUAUAACGAACGACAUUUAAAAAAAAGAUUAUGCAUUUAUUAUUGUAUGUAUAUAUGUAUUGUUUAAAUUACCUGCUUAGAUUAUUACUAAUUUAAAUUUAUAUACUUUUUUUUAGUUACAUUAAAGUAUUGGUAAAUUUAUACUUGGAUUAAGCUAUACAUUUUUUAUUUUUCUGUUACUAAUCUAGAAAAUAAUGUAUAGUUUUUACUCUAAAGAUUUGUCACUACUAAUUCUUUUUUAACUGGCAAUAGUACCUAACAUUGCCACCUUAUCCUUUUGUCCAUUUUGAUUCAUGAAUUUUUUUUAUAAAUUACCAACAUAUCAAUUAAUAUUUAUUAAGAAUUUAGAAUAAAAAAACAUACCAAUCUACUCUACAUUGAAAAUACUAUAGAAAUUCGCUAGACUAAACCGGUUUAAAAUUAUCCCACAUUAUCCCGCACCGGGAUAAUGAACCAUGUAAAUGAUAUGGUCCAAACAUCCCGGUGCAUUAUUUUUCACACCGGUUUAGUCUAGCAAAUUUCUACACUUACUGUAUAAUAUCUUAAUGAUAGUAUUAAGUAAUAACACCUGUUGCAUGCCAAAACCAACAAUUGUUAAAUGGAUUAAAUUAACCUAAGUUAAAAUAAUCAUUACAUUUUACUAAGUAUAUAUUAUAUAAAUAAAAUAUCAUAAUUUUUCAAAAUGUAUGACUCAUGACAUAUGUGUAAGUUAUUUUUAGUUUAUACUAGCCCAUUACAGUUUGAGUAAUUUAUUCUAUAUAAUAAAACACAUAUUAUAAUGUA